GGAACAAGCUCCUUCUUUUGCUGGAUGGGUUAAUAGUCGAUUAUCAGUAUGGUGAUAAUCGAUUAUAUAGGACUGCAGGAGUUUCCCUUGAUGUAUGAUAAUCGAUUGUCCAAGUAGGAUAAUCGAUUGUCAAGUGAUUCAGUUUCUCAGGAGGAGCUUCAGAAGUUUAUGAGAAAUAAACAAUCGAUUUACAAGAAGUGAUAAUCGAUUAUGGAAGGCUGCAGAUUUUCUGGGAAUGAGUGAUAGUCGAUUAUCUUAAAUGGAUAAUCGAUUAUUACUACCUGCAGAUGUUUCUAAUGGAACUGAUAAUCGAUUGUGGGGAGUGAUAAUCGAUUGUUUGGCAGUGAUUCUGGACAGGAAUAAAGGCGUUUUUACGGGGAAUGGGUUGGAAAUAUAUGGGGCUGAUGGGGAGUUCUUUUGGGUAUUUUUAAUGGAAGAAAAGAGUAAUAUUAAGAGGAGAAAUGGGGAGGUAUGAAAUGGAAGAAAAUCAGGGAUGGAUAAACCAAGUUGGUGUUUAAGAGAUAUAACACACUCUUAUCCUAACUUGGGGUUUGAAUCUAGAAUUUAAUUAAGAUAUGACACACUUAAUCAAAUAUCUAGAACCUAAAACUCACACUUAAGAUAACCACUCUUAAGAUAUAGAAUUAGGAAUUUGGCUAAAAUAGCAUCACACUAUUUUAAAAAUACUCAAAGAGUAAAAUGUUUUAAUAUUCAAAGGGUUGUGUUACAAUGGCCAUAAGGCCUGAGUUAUAUAGGCAGGGGAAAGGGGAAAUAAUACACAAUGCAAUGAAUGUGACUGUGCUUUUAAAGGAGUGCCGUGAUAUACAACUCCGUUGUGGAUCUGUGGAGCAAAAUGCUGUCCCUGACAUGAUCAUUGGUGAAAGUGAUUUUGAUCAGGAUGAGAAUCUGUUGAGCUUCAAGGAUAUAAGUGGCCUAGUUGAACAAAAUGCCCAGUUGAGGAGUCUUGUUCGCAACCUUACUUCUCAGAUUGAAACCAGAGAAUUAGAGUGGAAGGGUAAGUUUGAAAGAGAGCUUCAGAGACAAAUUGAUGAUGCUACCUCAAAAGUGAAUGCUGUUUUAGCAAGAGCUAAUGAGCAAGGACAUAUGAUUGAGUCACUUCACACAUCUGUUGCAAUGUACAAGAAGUUAUAUGAAGAGGAACACAGGCUUCAUACUUCUGAAAGAUCUCCUCCACAUUUGGCAGAUUAUCAGCGGGCAGAACCAAUGGUUUUAACUGAACGCUCUCAGGGAGUUCCGCUGAUGGCAAAUGAGCAGAAACUAGAGCGCCUUAAGUGCAUUGAAGAUGAACUAGUUAAAUUACGGAGUGAGGUCAUUUCAGUACGUUCUGAGCGUGAUAAGUCAGCUUUAGAAGCCCAAUUUGCGCAGGAGAAGCUUGAUAGAUUUCUGAAAGACUAUGAACACAUGAGAGAGGAACACAAUGCUCUCAUUGUAAGAAAUGUAGAGUUCUCUCAACUGAUUGUGGAUUACCAGAAGAAGCUGCGGGACAGCUCUGAGUCAUGUAUAGCUGCUGAGGAACUCUCAAGGAAAUUAAACAUGGAGAUUUCAAUUCUGAAGCACGAGAAGGAAGUUUUUCUUAGUUCUGAAAAGAGAGCAUCUGAUGAAGUACGUAGUUUAUCAGAGAGGGUUCACAGAUUGCAGGCCUGUUUAGAUACUAUUCAAAGCACUGAGGAAGUCCGCGAGGAGGCUAGGGGGGCUGAGAGGAGAAAACAAGAAGAAUAUAUCAAGCACAUCGAGAAAGAAUGGGCUGAAGCUAAGAAAGAGUUGCAAGAUGAGCGUAACAAUGUACGUAAUCUUACACUUGAGCGAGAAAAUGAUUUAAAAAGUGCUUUGAGGCAAAUUGAAGAAACAGGGAAGGAGUUGGCAACUGCUUUGCAUUCUCUAGCUGUUGUUGAGUCUAGGGCUGCUGUUGCAGAGGCACGUGCAGUUGAUUUGGAAGAAAGAUUGAGAUCUUCACAUACCAAGGUCUCUGAUAAUGAUGAUGAAACUGGUCCUUCCUCUUCCAGUGAGAUUUUUGCGGACCUGCGUGCUGCAGAAGAGGAAAUUAAAAAUUUGAGAGAAGAAGUACAGGGCUGCAAGGAACAUAUGCUCCAGUACAAAAAAAUAGCUAACGCAAAUGAAGAUGCACUGAAGCAGAUGGAACUUGUUCAUGAGAACUUCAAAGUUGAGGCUGAUAAUGCGAAGAAAUGUCUCGAGGAGGAAGUUUUCUUGCUUCGCAAGCAGGUGAAGGAUUUUGAAGAUGAAUGUAAUUUGAUGGCUAAGGAGGCCACUUCUGCAAAAGCUGGAAAAGAUGAGGAACUUGAAUCUGCCUCUUCUGAGAUUGCCCGUAUUAAAGAAGAUUGCGCUAUGAAGACAUCACAAAUUGAAACACUAGAUAUGCAUAUAUCCUCAUUGAAAGAUGACUUGAAGAAAGAGCGCCAAAGGCGGGAGGCUGCUCAAGCUAAUUAUGAAAGACAGGUUAUUCUGCAGUCAGAAACAAUUCAAGAGUUGACUAGAACGUCUCAAGCAUUAACCUCGCUGCAAGAAGAAUUGUCUGAGCUACGCAAGAUGUCAGAUGUGCUAAAAAAUGAAAAUGUUGAACUGAAGGCAAGGUGGGAGGCAGAAAAGUCAGUGUUAGAAGAGUUAAAAAGUCAAGCUGAUCUGAAAUAUAGUGAGGUCAAUGAACAGAACAAAAUAUUGUUGAGUCAGCUUGAGGCUAUGCAUAUCAAGCAGGCUGAAAAGGAUCGAAUUUCAACUGGAAUAAAUUUUGGAAUCACCAGUGCAGCAAGUGACGAUGGCUUACAUAAUGUUGUGACCUAUUUAAGGAGAUCAAAGGAAAUUGCAGAAACAGAAAUUUCUUUGCUGAGACAGGAAAAACUUCGCCUGCAAUCUCAGCUUAAUAGUGCUCUUAAGACCGUAGAAACAGCUGAAGCAUCAUAUCGUGCUGAAAAGGAAAAUGCAAAAGCUCUAGUAUAUAGAGAAGAUGAAUUUAAAGGCCUACAGCUUCAGGUGAGAGAGUUGACCUUGCUUCGCGAAAGUAAUGUGCAAUUAAGGGAAGAGAACAAGCAUAACUUUGAAGAGUGUCAGAAACUACGGGAAGCUGCCCAGAAAUAUAGGUCUGAGGUAAAUGAUCUCAAGAAGUUUCUCAAGGAAAGAGAACAAGAUGUUGAAGCUUUGAGGAAGGCAGCUGACUUCGAAAUAACUGAGAAACAUCAUCUUCAGAGUAGAAUCGAUGAGUUGGUUGAGAGGUGCAAGAGUGUUGAUGUGGAUGAUUACAAUCGUACUAAGGAAGCUAUUCAUCAUAUGCAGGCAACUCUGAAGGAAAAGGAUGAUCAAUUGGAGGAAAUUAAGAAACUUGUGUCAAGGAAGCAAGAGUUGAUAGCUGCACUAGAACAAGACCUUGCAAGGAACCGAGUUGAAUUGAGUCAGAGGGAGUCUAGAAUAAAUGAGCUUUUGCAAUCUGAGGCCUCUUUAAGAUCUGAGUUCGAUAAACUGAAGAGAUCAUCCCAUGUACAAAAGAAGAGGUUAGAGAACCUAGUGAAGGAAAAAGAGGAUCUGACCAAGGAGAAUCAAGUUUUUUCCAAGAAAUUAGAAGAUGCUCUGCAAGGGAGAAGAAAUGAUGGAGAGGCUAUGACUGAGCAAGCUUUAAAAGAGAAGGAUAAGGAGAAAGACACCAGAAUACAGAUAUUGGAGAAAACAUUAGAAAGGCACAGGGAAGAGUUGAAGAAAGAAAAGGAGGAAAAUAAGACAGAGAAAGUUAGGCGUAUUAAGAAUCAAAAGUUAUGUGCAGAGUACUUGGAUCAUGUCAAGCAGCAACAAUCAAAUAUAUCGGAUGAACUGGAGAAGCAUAAGCAGGCUCUUAAAAUGUUGACAGAAGAGAAGAAACUACGGCAAGACAAUAGUCAGUCUGAGGGUGAUACUUCAGUGGAUCAGCUUCUUGCUGGAACCCGCUUACCAGACUUCACAGCUGCUUAUAUCCAGGCCGUUAAUAAUUUUGAAAGACUUGCCCAACCUAUAUGCAUUGAUGGCGGGGCUUCAUCUGCUGCAGACAUAUCUUCAGGCCCAGUGAGCUCACAAUUAUCAAUUGGUCCUGUGGUGGAAUCCGAUGUGCCAAGUACCAAUAUGUCAACUCUAUCUACCUUGGCAAAAACAGAAGAUGAUAGAGGGAAAAGGUCGAUAUUGUCAAAGUUUAGUAACCCCGAAUCGCGUAAAGCAGGGGUUAGGAAACUGGUCCGUCCCCGUAUCGUGAAAUCUGAAGAACCUCAUCAUAACGAUGAUAUAGAGAUGGCGGAAGCAGUGGGUGCAAGUGAAAAACAGAUGGCUUCUCAUACUGCGGAAACUCAAGACAAUCCAAUCGUGGUGCCUUCUCAGCUAUCUGCUCGCAAGCGCCCAUCAGCUACAUCUACGGUGGAGCUACAGCAAGAUGAUACUCCAGCGGCUUCUGAAGAAGCAAGGGCUGAUCCUAUUCAUCCGUUGUUCAAAAAGGCCAAGGGUCCAGAUGUAAUAAACGAGGAGGGUGGUGAAGCAAAAUCUGCAGAUAAUAUAGUUCCAGAGUCUGUCCCCUUCAAUGAAGGAGAUGCUGUUGUUGGAGAUGUGACCCAAGGUUUGGAGGAGGAGGGUGACAAGAAGGACGAGGCAGUGUCUACAGGACCAGGGGAGCAGCUUGGUGAAGAGAUGGUUUCAGUGGAUCAGGCAAACGUGGACAGGUGCGAUGAUAUGGGAGAAGACAUUCUGGACAGUAGCAGGCCUGAUGAGGAAGAUGUUGUCCAGGAAGAUGAACAUGUUCAGACACCGCAACAAGAAGAUGUCAUCGCCCAUGGAGCAGAAACAGAAUUUGGAGGUGAAAAGGAAGGGGAUGCAGCUGAUGUUGAGGAUGUCAGUGUCUACUUGUCAAUGGAAAGCCCAGAUGUUGGCCAGUCAGAGCAACAAGUAGCAACACCUGAGAAUGUAAUUGGUGUUGACGAAGAUCCCUUUACCGAAACUGGUGAGGUGGAUGAUGACAACGGAGGGGAUGAACCCGGUGAGAUUACAGACAAAUUGGACUAUGGUGGUAGUAGUGAUCAGGCCAUUGCAGAGUCUGAUCCGGAACCGGAAACCACACCAGAAAAACUCCCUGCCAGCAGCACUAGCACCACCAGCAAUCCUGUUUUGGCAGUGAAGGAAGAGAAUAAUCCUACAGGCGACCCAGAAGUUGACCCAGAUGUGAAACCGGCAACAGUGGCUCCCAGAAGCUCAAGAACAAUUAAUAUCGCGGAAAGAGCAAGAGAAAGGCAGAGGGAAAGAACAGCACAACCGUCUUCAAAUCCGGCGCGUGCAUCGCCUUCGCUCCGGUCCCGCGCUAGAGCAGCUCGAGUCCGUGGUAGUCGUGGUGGGCGUGGACCCACGUCCGGUUGAACUCACAUUACCAAUGGUGAUGGUUGAGUUGUGUUUGGGAUGAAUCUGUGCCGCAAUGUGAGAAGAGCUUGAUGAAUUUAAUGGUGGCUCAUAAUCCUGGGAUUGCAAAUACUUUUUCUUGAUCAUUUGUUAUUCACUCCACUCUUUUGUGAGGUGUUCUGAAAAGUUGAUGUUUACUCUCUUUGCUUAUUUUUGUUACUUUUAUGAUUAAAUAAUAUACUCCGUAGUAACAUGGUCCCAAACCUUCACUGUGUGGCUAACAUUGAUUUAAUAUUUAAAUAACAUUGAUUUAAUAUG